GUGGUCACCCAAAGUUCAAGAUGGGAUAAGUCAUGUGGAUUACAGAGUUAAACCAUAAAACCUAUGGCUAAGAAUAAGCACCUCAGUUGGAAUCAGUUAUUACUUGACACAGUUGCUGACACCACGCUGGGUGCUACGAAGAGGUUACUGAACUGUUCAUUAAAGGAAUAAUAGGCAACCUGAAGGAUAUUGCUUUACCAAAUUAUCUUCAUAUAGAUAAUUGACACAGCUAAGAAUUAGUCAUUCCUAAGACCCGAUUCAGCAUGGGACAAACCCAGCAAAGGCAUGAACCUGAUGAAGAACUGGAGUUGAACAGCAUUCAGGAUCUUUACAAGUCUUUCAUCAUGGAGUGCCCGAGUGGAUCUUUGUACCUGCAUGAGUUCAAGAGGAUGUUUGGAGUUCAGAGCGGUACACCGGAGUCUCAGUAUAUGGAUAAUAUCUUUCGAGCUUUUGACAUGAAUCACGACAAUACGAUGGAUUUCAUCGAGUACGUAGCUGCUCUUCAUCUUGUUCUGAGAGGGAAACUUGAAGAUAAACUGAGGUGGUCCUUCAAAGUAUUUGACAGUGAUGAUAAUGGUCGACUCGACAGAAAGGAACUAAGGAAGAUUGUUCGGAUCAUCUACAAGAUAAAAGAUGGUCCCAUUUGUGAUGAAACAGGCAAAGAGAGUCUUACAUCGGAGCAGGUGUGCGAUCAUAUAUUUCAACAGGUCGACAUCAACUGCGAUGGCCAGAUUACGCUGGAUGAGUUUGUUGAUGGAGCACAGAAAAAUCAGUGGCUGCAGAACUUCCUGACGCUUGAUAUCAAUCCCUCUGGAUGGGUCCAAAGAUACCUGUGUGACAGGAAAAUUACAGCUGGCAAAGAUUCUUAAGAAACCUACACUCACAACACGCCGGUCUUUUGAACUCUCCUUGGAAUCCCCCCUAGACAGAAUUGGACAAGAUCUGAGGUGGUCUACCUCUUCGAGGCGCUGCCACAGAGGGCCCUGCUUUGACUGACGAUCAUCCCAAGAACUGCAGCAGAUUAACUCUCCUGAUGUCACUUCAUCUACUAUCUACUAUGAUAUUUGAAUUUACGUUGUAUAUAAUUAUAUUGUGACAUAUGUGAAUGUGACAUCGCCCACUUGACAUCCUUUGCACCCUGGUCAUCCUGGAACGGGGAGAGGUUGGGAAUCCCCUGGGUGUUUGAGUUUUUCCUUGCCUGGUUGGGGGUUCAGAUCAGGGGAUGUUGGUUAUUACAAAGAACUUGUAAAUCUACUGUCAAUCUAUGACUCUGUGACAAAGCAUGAGGACUGUCCUUGUG